AUGGCGCUGUUUUAGCAGUUUCUAAGUGCAGCGCAACACAAACACAUCCCUUCCGUAUUUUCAUUUAAUAUUAUUCCACGUUGGCAAACCCUCCGAUUUGGUUGGUCAGCUUGUUAUUAUUGGCGAACACAAGAUGGAUUUCACGAUCCGGGCCGCCACUCUCGAGGACUGUAAGGACAUCUCGCGGAUGAUACUGGAACUGGCAGAGUAUGAGAAAGUGUCAGACCAGGUCAAGAUUACACAAAGAGAUCUGGAGCAGGAUGGAUUCUCCAAAAACCCUUUUUUCCAUGGAAUUAUUGCUGAAGUGCCAGAGCACCAUAAGUCUAGAGAGGGUCAUACCAAGGUUGGUUACUCUCUGUACUUCUACACAUACACUUCAUGGAAAGGUCGGGCGGUGUACAUGGAGGAUCUGUAUGUGAUGCCAGAGUUCAGAGGGAAAGGCAUUGGCAAGGCUCUGAUGUCCAAAGUUUCCCAGCUUGGUCUGGCUGCUGGUUGCACCCAGCUGAAUUUCACUGUGCUGGACUGGAACAAAUCAUCUCUUGACUUCUACCUAAAGCAGGGCUGCUGGGACGUGACCUCUGACCUCGGCUAUCACUGCAUGCGCUGCGAGGGCGAUGCCCUCGAACACUUGGCCCAGGGGGACCUUUAAAUUUCGAAGCACAUAUAUUAUUCCCUUGUCGCCUCCUGAACAGAACCACAAGUAACAAGUCGUUUGUUAAGUGCAGGAAGACAGUAAACUGACAGUUAAAAUAAAAAAAAAAAAAUUGAAUAAGUUCCAUGCUCAUACCCAUACAUGCUCUGCAACUUUAUGAGGCAAUAUAAACAAGCAUUAUUACAGAGAACAACAGACAGAAGGUGCUGCUUAUUUAUGUCGCUUCAAAAAGUGCAUAUUGAUUCAUUCUGCACAUUUAAAUUGUGAAGUCUGGCCUAACCAAAGAUUCAGAAGUGCACUGUUGUGUUAUUAUUAGGAAUCACAUCUAUAUUGGGCACAUUAUGACAUUUUUCUACCAGUGGAAAGAGUGGAAGUGAAAUUGUUACAGUCGGUGCUGUUACAAUGUUUGCCUAUAGAAUUUAGAACUGCUCUUCUUAGAUGUUCUAUUUAGAUAGUCAUUUUAGUAUUUAACUAUACAUUACAUGUCAUUUUAUUAGUACAUUUAAAUAUUAUAAUAAUAACGUUUGAUCGUCCAGUCGGUUUGGCUCACAAAAGCACUUGAUCUAAACUUACACACAAGUAGUGAUGAAAUAUAUUAAUACCUGAUUGGUACAUAAGAGUCACAGCCGCCUAGAAGAUGUACAUGCACAGAGAUAAGCACAUACUUUUACUAACUAAAUUACUUUAGGUAAUUUUCACCAUAACAGAGAAUAAUCUCGCUCAAAGUAAAAAAAAUGCACUACAGUUGUAAAUUAGCUAAAUUCCAUGUGUUAUUGGUUAGUUAAUCUAUGAUUGGAUUUAGCUUUUCUGAAUUGUUUACUUUGCAUUGUACAUGAUUUUUGUUUUACUUUGCCUGGUACGUUAUUUGUGUGCAGUUUUUAGUAACCGGACAUUGUAUUGGCAAAAGAUCUUUAGCAAGAAUAUCUCGCGCUGUUACUGAAUACAUUAUAAACGUGAACAACAUACAACUCCUAAGUACCUCAGUCUUUAAAUUCAGUUAGCGUUUUUAUGACCUGCUAGGAUGGAACUGUUAUUUUGUAGCACUUUAGAGAAGACGUGUGUGGCCUCGUGGUAAAGAUGAUGGCAAAAAAAAAAAAAGUUACAUUGUUAGGAGCUGCUGUAUCCAAUGUACUGUGGAAUCUGUUGUUCUAUCCGCCGUUGAUAAAAGUACAUUUGUCCAUG